CGGCCCGGGCAGGAGGCCAAGGAAGCGCCGCUGCGCUGAAGCGCCGGGAGCUCGGGGUGCCCGGGAGCUGAGGGCGCUGCGAGCUGGGGGAUUUUCAUUCCCACAUCGUUGCCAGAUGGAAGAGGAGGAAAAGCCCCAGAGAUCCCACACGAGGAGGGUCUGCAAACCCAGUCCAGGGAGCUGCAAGGAGGAAAGAUCCCACCAGUGCCAGGAGGGCGGCCGGAGAUCCAGGCGGAGCUCAGUGCAGGGGGAGAAGUCCCACAAGUGUUUGGAAUGUGGGAAGGGCUUCAGAAAGAGCUCCCACCUGAUCCGACACCAGGUGAUCCACACUGGGGAAAUGCCCUACGAGUGUGGGGAAUGUGGGAAGAGCUUCAGCCACAGCUACAGCCUCAUGCGGCACCAAAUGAUCCACACUGGGGAAAACCCCUACGAGUGUGGGGAAUGUGGGGAUAGGUUCAGCUGCAGCUCCAACCUAAGGACACACCAGAGCAUCCACACUGGGGAAAAGCCCUACGAGUGUGGGGAAUGUGGGAAGAGGUUCAGGUACAGCUCCAACCUGAGGAAUCACCAGAGGAGCCACACAGGGGAAUGGCCCUACACCUGCUUGAAAUGUGGGAAGAGCUUUGGAUGGAGCUGUGAGCUGAGAAAACACCAGCUCAUCCACACUGGGGAGAGGCCCUACGAGUGUCCCGAGUGUGGGAAGAGGUUUCAGCGCAGCUCCACUCUCAUCAGACAUGAGCGGAUUCACACAGACGAGAGGCCCUUCCGCUGCCCUGACUGCGGGAAGAGCUUCAACCGCAACUCCACUUUUGUCAGGCACCGGCGCAUCCACAGUGGGGAGAGGCCCUACGAGUGUCCUGAGUGUGGGAAGAGCUUCUCACAGAGAUCUAACUUGACCCAACACCAACAGAGGCACCAGUAAGGGAAGCCCUGCGAGUGCCCCGAGUGUGGGAAGAGCUUCGUGCGCUGCUCCAGCUCCAUCCCCCAUGGGAGGAUCGGCGUUGGAUGAUCCCCAGUGACCCCCGUUGGGCAGAGCCCUGGUGAUCCGUGGUCCUGGUGAUCCGUGUUGGGAAGACACCUGGCUGGGAGGCUCCACAUCUUCACGGCUCCCUGUGGGCACCUGGAUGAACACCGGGGCAGGAACAUCCAUCGAGACACAGACCAAUAGUGGGAAUUCCUUUGGGAGAGCAGAUUUGUUGACUUUCAAUCCCAGAAAACUGUUAAAGCUAAUGGAACUCACGAGCCCUAUUUGUUACACAUCAACACCUCUCCUUCCUUUUCUGGAAUUUGACACAAACUUAUAGUCAAUAAGUUCUGCAAGUGCUCUUGCUGCGUGAGGCCACAUUGUGUCUUU